AUGGUGAGUAUAAGACUGUAUAUAUUUACUAUAUCAGUCAAACGUUGAUAUUGCAGUCCCCUGAUGAACGUCCAGACCACGCAGACACUCAGUCUCUACAGGCUACACGUGUUUGUUCUUUUUUUAAACUGUUAUAAAUGGCGAGUCAAAAUUGAUUAUGCGUUGCCUAUUGACCAAGGAUUAUUUGGUAAGGCGUGGUGAUGACCAUUGCAAUUUGUGAAGUUCAUCAUAUGCUCAUAAUAACAACAGGAAAAAAGUUGGGGUCACCGAACUCGUUUCGAAAAUAUGACAAGUACAAUAUGCUACCUUUUCCCCCAUGGCCAUGCACCUUUUACGAGUUACAGGAACAAUCGCAAUUGCUCAACGGUUAUUCAAUUUUUUAACAAGGACCCCACUAAAAAUGUCUAUCUAGUGAUUAUACACAAGAAAACAUGGUAUUUUAGCGAAUCAAAAACUAUUGACGUGCAUUGUCGUGGUGCAAACAUCUUCUCAGACAUGUUAUUUUGGGAAGCAUGCGCGUAUAGAAGAACAAAAAUAUAAAAUAAAAAAGUAAGAUCACGGACCUUCUUAAAGAGAUACAAGGGUUAAACAUGCAACAUGAUGUGGUUUAGUGUUGGUUGCACAGGGAGCCCUGGCCAGAGUUCUAUCAUUUUGAAGGUAUAUACUUCAUGAAGCAUGCCUAAUCAAUGCAAAAUGUUUUUCUCUUUGCCCUUACUCUUUCUUUAUCACUUUACAUUGCAGUUCGACUACAUAUAUUGGGUAGAAUUUGUUAUUAGAUAUGCGCAGUAAAAGUGCGCAAUACAAAAUUGAUGAAAAUCAAAUAAACCGUGCUUUUACUGGGCGAGACUUCGGUAUUACGGCUUGGGGGGGGGAGCUUGUUUUGCCCAACAAAAAGGGCGUUGCCGAAGUCGUUCCCGACGGACGAACAUUUCAGUCGCUAAUUAAUAUUUCUUCACCCAAAAUUGUUGGCGAGCGGGAGGUAAAAAAAAUUUCGGACAUAGCAUUUUUCACUAACUUUUGAAAUAAUUUACCGUAAUUUGUAAAACUUUUCAGUAAUAUUUUCGUAAACUAUCAAAGUUUUUCAUACAGCUAUUACUUAUCGAUCCGUGACACUCGAAUAUUUUCAAGAUUUGCCCGACGAAAUUGUAUGGAUAUACCCGACGAGAUAGAGACUGGGAGUUUCACCCCCCCCCCCACACACACACCCGGUAAUUUCACCCCUGUAAGAGAACAAUAUUUAGAUUGGUUUACAGUAUCAACAUUUGCCAUUGACCAAGCCAGUAUGGGGAGAUACUCGAACCCGUCAUAUGAAUGCCAUAUAAUAUGUCAAGCGUUCAGCUAAAUUAAUGCAAUAUUCUUUAUAUAUUCCGUGCAGGUUCGUUAUGGCAUGACGCUGGGUUAUUCAUUGUCAAAAGCUAAAUGGUUUUUGGUAGUUAAAGGAUUGACAACGUUAGUUGGAACUUUACUUGUUGGUCGUGUGAAUGAUAAAGCAUUGAAAUAUGGCAAAAUUAAAUUGAUCAAUCUAACAGUAUGCGUAAUGUUUGGUAUAUUCAGUUUUCUUUGUUCGUUUGUUGAGUCAUUUCCAUUGAUAAUUGUGUACAUGGCAUUAAUAGGACUGGUGGAUGGGGUAUGGUGGGCUGCAUAUCCUGUUCUUGUAGUGGAAAUUACAUUCGGCUACCAUUCAACUGAAGCAUUCGGUUUGGCAAAUCUUGUUAUAGCAUUUGCACGCCUACCAGGACCUCCAUUUUUAGGUAAGGAUAGAUUCUUAAUUAAACUAAAUCUACCACUAUUAUACGUGUUAUCUUUGUUGUUUUCCUUUUGUACAAAACACAGUCUAUACAAAUUUUUUGAAGUAAAAUACUCAGUCUGUCAAAGUUUCAUAUUUUAAAAAACGUAGCCGUAGGCCGUUUGCAUUGCUAUUCUCAUUUAAUGCUCCUUGACUUGAUUUCAGGAAAGCAAUAAAUUUCUCACCCAAAAUGCACCACAGUGGAACCCGCCUUACGGCUUUAAUGCAGUCUGUAUUAAAGGGUUGGCCGUAAGGCUGUCAGUCACCUCUUUAUUACGACCACUUAUUUUUGUCAAGCUUUCGUUGGUAGGGAUGCAACUACCUCAAAUGCUCCAAAAAACGCCAAUGCAUUUUCAUAUAAUGAUAUACCCCGUUAAUACAGCCAAUUUUAAAGAUAAAAAUAAGAUUAAGAAAAGGUAAAUUAAAUAAUACAUAAUAAAGCUUUUGUGCUGUGGCGAAGUUAAAGUAUAGCAACUGGACAUGCUAUGCAAAUUUUUGAAUGAUUGUAUUAUUCAAACCUAUAGUAUAGAAAUCCACUGUCUUAAAACUAAUUUGGUACAGGUUUAUUAGCAUAGCGCAGUGACAGGAUUUCUAGUCAAAGAAAAAAUCCCAGGAGGGGCCGAAGCAAUUUUACCCUGCCCUGCGCUAGUUCGAAUAAAGUUUGUUUAUUAUGUGACAAUAUAUUUGGACUCCCUGGUAUAGUAUGACCAGUUGCCAUGGCUACAGAUUACGUAUCAACAGAUGUGUAACUUCGGUGAAAAGGUUCAGUCCCCAGUGGUUGUCCCACGGUCGCCACCUUCCUAGUAAGUAUUGCUCGCGUGAUAAUUCGUCAUUUGGAAAUACUUUUGUUACGUCGCCAUCUUCCUAGCAAGUGUCAUGACCAUAGAAAUAAUAGAUAUAGAAUGCGUACUUGAUCACGAAUCAUGUCUCCACUUUUUCUCAUGCGUGCCCUUAUAAAUCCGCCAUGUUUGAAUUUGACUAGGAGUGCAAGUUCAUUUGUUAUUUCGCAUAAAUUUUUUUAUAUCUGCCUUUGGAAACGAUGUUUUACUAAAAAAAACAACCAAAAAUAUGCCAAAUACAUGUUCAGCGUUGGGUUGUACCAGUAUGUACAAACACCUAUCUAUUAUUUCUUUGGUCAUGACCUUCAAUGGUCAUGACGUGGACCUGUACAGCUUAGGGAAAUUUGAGAACACUAUGAAGUGACAUAUCUGGUAUAUACUUAAUCUGUGCCAAGGCUAGCUCGCCAGUGCUUUUGUGCUUCUCAUUUAUGAAUGUUUUAUAUUAUAUAGGUUGGGUAUUUGACAUUACUGGCGACUUUCGUUACGUAUUAUAUUUUAUGUUUGUGAUUCCUAUGAUAGCCGCUGUUCUUUUUGCUAUAAGUUCACGUGUGAAAGUUGAAAAAUAUUUUUCAUUGGCGGAGAAGAGCAAUGCAAGAAAAACUGAUGUUGAAAGUAGUGAAGUGAGAGAAGAUGUUUCCCACUGUUUUCUUGACGACCUUGCUAUUGCAGGGGCAUUACCUUACUAUGAAACUUCAGUAUGA